AUGGAUCAAUACACCUCUAAACUGUCUCCUGAUGUUGAUUAUAGUGCCGGUACAUUCCUGCUGCUGAUUGCCAUCUUGACCCUUUUGGGCAACGCAGCUGUCCUGGUAACAGCCGUCCGCCGGCACAGCGUUCUCAAAGCCCCUGAGCUCCUCACAGUCAACCUGGCUGUGACUGACAUUGGCAUGGCCCUCAGUAUGUAUCCGCUCUCCAUCGCUUCUGCCUUCAACCAUGCAUGGAUUGGAGGUGACCCGUCCUGUCUGUACUAUGGCCUGAUGGGAAUGAUCUUUAGUGUGGCCAGCAUCAUGACAUUGGUUGUCAUGGCGCUGGUGAGAUAUCUGGUAACAGGAAAUCCACCGAAAUCAGGUAACAGGUUUCAGAGAAGAACUAUAAGUGUAUUGAUUUCUGUCAUCUGGCUGUACUCGCUGCUCUGGGCCGUGUUUCCUCUGCUGGGUUGGGGCGGAUACGGGCCUGAACCCUACGGUUUGGCCUGUUCUGUGGAUUGGGCCGGAUACCAGCGCUCUUUAAACGGCUCUUCAUUCAUUAUGGCUUUGACCGUUCUUUGCACUCUGAUCCCGUGUGGAUUCAUCUUGUUCUCUUACUCGGGCAUUGCCUGGAAGCUCCACAAGGCUUAUCAGUCCAUCCAGGUCCACGGGAGCCUGCCCAACACCGGGGCCGUUGAGAGAAAAGUCACACUGAUGGGCAUUCUCAUCAGCGCAGGCUUUAUCGUCUCUUGGGCGCCGUACGUGACCGUCAGUUUAUGGACCAUGUUUCAUUCCGGAGCCAAAGACAGCGUAGCACCCGUCGUCAGCUUGCUUCCCUGCCUCUUCGCAAAGUGCUCAACGGUGUUCAACCCAUUUGUGUACUACAUCUUCCGCAGGUCCUUCCGCAGGGAGCUGCGACAGAUCUGGACAUGUUGUGGCCGCCGGAGUGCUGCGUGCGCACGGGUGCUCUGUGGGGGAGGAAGACAUGCGGAGGAACCCGCUAACCUGCAUAAAAAAGAGAGGGCGUAAAAGUGAACACACAGUGUUGAGGUCAGAAGGUUCAUCCUUAAAAAUAGACUGAGCAGAGGAGCGGCAAUAAAUAAACAAAAAGCAAAGACAGCAGGA